AGAAAACUCGGUUUGAAAUAGCGGCGGGCUUCACUUCACAACAUGCUUGAACAGUGCUGAAUUCUCCUCCGUAAAUCCCGAAUUCGUGUAGUUUAAACUUCCUCCCUUGUUUUCUAACAACCCUCCCACCUAAAUUUAGAAUCUCAACUACACUCAGGUUUUAUUUCAACCGGGAACACGCGAAAUAAGAAGCAGAAAUCAUCAAAAGCAGAAUUCAACAUGGCUGGCUUUUGCAGACAAAGAGCCGAUAGCUUCACCUUGGACUUUCAGAAUUCUAGCGGCGAUGUUGCUCCUAACGCAGUGCUUUCUCCUAUUACGGAGUUAUCCAUGAAUUUUGAGCAUAACUCGAUAAGCAUGGGGAAGACACCUAAAAGGAAACUAUCUCUGUCGAAUUGCGACAAUGCUUCGCCCUCGCCUUGUUUUUUACGAACUAUGUCAAAUGAGUCAGGAUAUUGUCCCGACUCUCCAAUGUGGCCUAGCUGUGAAUCUCCGACAAUUGAACUUCUAAGGUCUACGGCGGACAUGAAGAAGUCUUUUCACCUCAGGAGGCCUUCGUUUAGAAGAUGGAAUAGCUCACCUGCUGGCUGUGAUGAGAGUGACAAGGAGAAUAUCAAUAGCCCCCUAGUCCUACAAUUAGAUGGCUGUGAAGGUGAAGGGGAGGCAGACCAAAAAGAGGAAUUUGUCUUUGCCAGACCAAGAGUCCCAUCGUUUGUGAGAAGGUUCUCCAAGGGUCGACUCCCACCACAAAGGUCGUUAUCAGACCCAUUAAGUGAACAGGUAUCUCCUGCAAGGUCUGACAGUGUGGACAGCGGAGCAGGGGACAUGGAUAUAGAUGAUGUAGAAGCUGGUGAUGAUGGAUUUAUUGAUGACUUAGUAAAUGCUCAAGAGGAGAAGGAUAUGAACAUGCCACAGGGAAUGGCCAACCUGCUAAGUGCCCCUCUAGUCUCUUCCAAUUGUUCUCCUGUAACUGGAACUAGCUCAUUUACUCUCUUGAAAGGGGACACACCUAAGCAAAUAAAUGCAGAGGCACGACCCAGAGACUUGUUCAAUACUGCAGGAGACAAGGAAAAGACCAGACCAAGAUCUAAAUCAUUUGCUCUCAAGAGACCAAACCCACCCCGUGAUCCAAACCCUAUGGAGAAGAAAAGAUUAAGACAAAGAUGCAUGUCCCUGGUGGAAAGCAACUCUGGUCUCAGUCCGGCCCUGCUGACCCGGCCUGGCAAUUUACCAAAGCGUAGCCCCUUUCAAAGAUCAAACUCUGAGGUUUUCGAGAACCGGCCAAACUGGCAGAUUGGCACUUUCCUUGGGACAGAGAGCAACAGAAAUCUAAUAGGAGAUUUUAGCAAGACGUAUGUGCUGCCAUCUAUAACUGGACAACAUGAAGACCUUAAAUGCAUUUCUCCAGAGACUGUGACAAAGCUGAUCAACGGGGAUUAUAAGGACGAGAUUGACGAGUAUUACAUUAUUGACUGCCGCUAUCCCUUUGAGUUUGAUGGCGGACAUGUCAAGGGCGCCAUUAAUAUCUACACCAAGGACGAGAUGUUAAAACAGUUCAUCGACACACCCAAGUGCAAGGAAGGCAAGCGAGUCGUCGUCAUCUUCCAUUGCGAAUUCUCGUCCAAACGCGGACCUGACAUGUGCCGAUUCUUGCGUAAUCGUGACCGAGACAUUCAUCGCCCAUCCUACCCUAGUCUCUUCUACCCUGAACUGUACCUACUGGAUGGAGGGUACAAGAACUUCUUCAACACUUGCAAGGAACAUUGCGAGCCACAGAAUUACGUCCUCAUGCUUGACGAAAACUACUCGAAUGAUUUGAAGCUGUUCUCUAAGCGAUCCAAGUCAUGGUCUGAAGGCCAAGGAAAGAAGUCAUUCCGCCCGGGACUCAACUACAGAUAAUGCCUGUCUUCUUGCCUAUCUUGAAAUGAGCACACUCUUAAUCCAAGGAGGUAAUUUAUACCUGUGCGUGAUGAAAGUAGGAAGCAAUAUAGGGAAAUAAUAUUAUGAGCUGAUUUAGUAUAAAAACCUGACCUGUGUAUCUAAAAAAAAUGCGCAAAAAAGCGGAAAAGCAAAUUUGGAAACAAUACUAAAGUUAACUUUGUACAUGAAAGUGAAUGGAAUAAACACAUUGGAACCAUCA